AUGGAAAUGAUAAAGGGUGAUUUAUUAUAAUUUAAAUUAAAAAAGAUACAAAUGUUUCUUUGUUAAAAUUUAGAACAUGAAGGAAGUUCAAUUAUCAGUUUUUGCCUUUCUGCUGGUUGUCAGGAACCUAAAUAGCAAUUUAGCGCUAAUUGUUUAAUCAAUCCCCAAAAACAUUAAAAUUGUAGAAUUGACUGCAAGCCAUUUGAUAAAAUCAAAACACUACUAGAUUUAAUUCUAUAUAAGCUAGAUAAAAUGUUAGAAUAAACUGAUUAGAAGUUUGAAUUGUUAAAGUUAGAGUAUGAAAAAACAAUCAAAAUUAUUUAAAAAGAAUAGCAAAGGUUUUAGGAGAUAGUCAAAAACUUGAAAGAAUAAAAAUACAAGGAAUUUCUUGAUAAUAUUGGCAAAAUUAAGAAUUGGAAUAUAACAGUAAAGUCGACUUAAUUUGAGUAAGAAAUUAUUGAUCUCUGUAUUCGUAAUAUGUUACAAUUAGGGUUGAAACAAGGAAUCGAAUUAAUAAACUAAAAGGAAUACUAAAGCGCUUUUGUAAAAUUUUGGAAAGUUUUAAAAGAAGACGCAAAUAAUUUUUUGGCAUAAUUUUACCAAUUUAUAAUAUAAUAGAAAUAAGGUGUUACAUUAUUUAUUAAUUAAAUGAAUUUCUUAUGAAUGCAAUAGAACAACAAUUAUAAAUCUUUUUAAUUGUUAAGGGAAUUAUAAAUAAAAUAUCCAAAUUUUUAAGAAUAAGCUUUAUUCACUGUAAAGGAAAAAUUAAGAAUUAAAAGCAAUAAUAUAGCUGCAUUGAUAUUAAAAGUAUAUUGUAUGAUAUAUUUGGAUGAAAAAGAAAAAAAAUAAGAUAUUUAUCAAAGCAUUAUGAUAUAUUGUGAUACUAUUUUAGGUUUAGAUAAAUCAAUUGUUUGUGCUCUAUGGAUGAAAAGUAUAAAUUUAAAUAAUUAAAAGUAAAAUCAUUAUGUGAAUAGAAAAAAUAUUAAUAAGCGAUUAUGAGUGCUGAAGAAGGUUUGAUGUUGAAUAACAACAAUUGUCAUUUACAUUGUAUAAAAGCUGAAAAACAAUAAUUAUGA